UUCGUCGCACAUCCAGCAUCAGCAGCAGCUACAAAACUUAUUUGCUGGCAGCUCACCGGUCACAACGUACCCUGCGUGCUUUGCCGCCAUGGUUGCCGCCAGUCUGCCGCCCAUCAAGCACCACCCUGCCGAGUCGCAGCCAUGCUUUGCCACCAUGGACAUCGACAUCGGCACCCCCUCGUCCUCCCCGCGCGGCCGCUCCUCCUCCUGCGCCGGCAUCGACCUGCGGGUCCUGCUCUCCGUCGUCUUCGGGGGAAUCUUCACGGUGUUCCUCCUCGCGGCGUCGCAGGCCGCGCUCCCCUCCGCCUCACUCUUCCUCCAGCGGUACUCCGCAGCCACCCAGCGCCCGUCGCGACCGCGCUUCGCCUACCUCGUCUCUGGCUCGAAGGGCGACGCCGGCAGGCUGCGCCGCUGCCUGCUCGCGCUCUACCACCCGCGGAACCGCUACAUCCUCCACCUGGACGCGGAGGCGCCGGACUCGGACCGCGCGGAGCUGGCGGCCUUCGUGGCGGCGCAUCCGGUCCUCGUCGCGGCCGGCAACGUGCGCGUGGUGGAGAAGGCCAACCUGGUGACCUACCGGGGCAUCACCAUGGUCACCACCACGCUGCACGCCGCCGCUGCCUUCCUGCACGGCUCUGGUGCCGCCGACUGGGACUGGUUCAUCAACCUCUCGGCCUCCGACUACCCGCUCGUCACGCAGGACGAUCUGAUGGACGUGUUCUCGCGGCUGCCGCGCGACCUCAACUUCAUCGAGCACACGAGCGACAUGGGCUGGAAAGCGCAUGCGAGGGCGAAGCCGUUGGUUGUCGACCCGGGGCUGUACCUGAAGAAGAAGCGCGACCUGAUGUGGAUGAACACCGAGACCGAGAAGCGGGAGCUGCCCACCGCCUUCACGCUCUUCACCGGUUCUGCUUGGACGGUGUUGUCGCGGCCCUUUGUGGAGUACCUGAUCGGGGGGUGGGACAACCUCCCGCGCACCCUCCUCCUCUACUACGGCAACUUCGUCUCCUCUCCGGAGGGUUACUUCCAGACGGUGGCCUGCAACGCCGACGAGUUCCGGAACACCACCGUGAACCACGACAUGCACUACAUCUCCUGGGGCGAGCCCCUAGGGCAGCAUCCGGAGCUCAUCAACGCCACUCACUGGGAUAGGAUGCUCCGCAGUGACGCCCCCUUUGCACGCAAGUUCGGCCGAGACCCUAACGACCCGGUGCUCGCUAAGAUUGACGUGGAACUCCUGUCACGGCAGCCCGGCAUGGUCAUCCCAGGCGGCUGGUGCACAGGAAAUGUUGGUGGAGGCGGCAGCGAUGAUCAUUGCUCGGCCAUUGGGGACACGACACUCCUGCAUUCUGGCCCAGGGGCUGCGCGGCUGCAGCGGCUCGUCGAGUUGCUCAUGUCGAAGGACAACUUCCGGCCUAAACAAUGCAAGAUAGUAGACCACAACGAUUGAGCUGCUACUGCUACUGCCGGUGGUGCUCCAUUUUUUUCCGUUUUCAAAAUGAGCGAGACAUCUCUUCAUGGAAUUUGAUCAGUUGUUUUUAGGUUGGGAUCACUUGAUCAGUUUCUUCUCUUGUUUAGCUACUACUGGAGCCCAACUCUUGAGAGUCGAAAUAUAGAGGUAGGGUCCGUUUGGUUUGUGCCUAGGAUUACCCUAUCAAAAAAUUCCUUGCCAAAACUUUGGUUGGGCUUAUGCUUGGAAAUGGAUUCGUCAACUUUGUGUCUAACUAACAACCUUCUAAUUUUUUUAUUACGAAGUAAAAACACAAAGCAUGCUGCGCGCCGGUGGCUAGUGGGAAAGAACGUAAGCCCUCCUCCGUUCUCACCCGACGACAUCGUUUGCUGAUGACACGCAUACCCCCUCCACCCCGGUGUACUAUGGGACAGGGCGAAGUGGGGCCUAGGACAGGGUGAAGCAAAUUGGUAUUCCCUCCGUUCCAAAAUAGAUGACUCAACUUUAUACGCAUCGCAACACUAGGGGUGUGGGUGGUGAUUUUGCAAGCUAGACUAGCCCACAAGCAGGAGGCCACCAGGGAAGAGCCGUGGGGUCUGUGUAUUUUGCGUGUCAGCGGGUUUGUCAGCCGGGCCGUUAGGGACAGUCCGGCGCACAAUUGUUACACAAAUUCGACCGGAACCUAGAAUGAAAACAAAAGUUUUUUGUUGUUCCGAGUACUUAGCACAGACACGUGUCUUCAUGGGAUUGGUAGAAAAAAUGACACAAACAAAAUAAAAAAAAUUAGAAGGUUGUUAGUUAGACACAAAGUUGAUGAAUCCAUUUCCAAGCAUAAGCCCAACCAAAGUUGGGUCAUCUAUUUUAAAACUAUAAAGUUAGUAGAAAGUUGGGUCAUUUAUUUUGGAACGGAGGGAGUAUAUAGUAAGAUGACAUACCCCUACCACCCUGGUGCACACUAUGUAUGUUAUACAGGAGAGGGGAAGUAUUAUGUAUCA